AUUCGCGUCGGCAAAAAAACUACAUUGAAAGUCGCGUCGUCAUCGUCGCCGACGAUGUCCUCUCUACGACGCCUGCAGGAGGCCUCCCAGCCUCUCUUCCGCUCUACAAGACUGUUUAUGCCUGUACUUCUUCCUAGAGCACGGCCGACGAUAUGUAGAACGUACAGCGCCGCAGCUGGAAGUUCAAGUCGAUUGUCUCCGUUCUUCACUGGGCUUCUCUUCGUCGGGGUGGGGCUUACUGCCUACGGACUAUAUGACCUCUACGCGACCCUCACGAUGUGGCCAGAAGAACUUCGGCAAGACCUGCGAGACGCCGUCAAAGCCAAGCACAAAGGCGAUCUGGACACAAGCGCACGGUAUUUCUAUAGAGCUUGGGAAACAGCCAAGCAACUCCCCUUGGAAAAGCUGAAAGACCAGCCGUGGCUCAAGAUAUCAGGAAUCGCUGUAGCACUCUCAGAGACCCUCGAGAGCUUGAACGAGAAACAAAAAGCAUACGAAGUCUACACGGACUGCUUGACUCGCAUGCAGGAGGCGAUCAAGACCCUCUCAGGGCCGGAAAGGCUUCGCGCGGUAGCUAUCGCAGGGAAGCUGGGCGAAGUCGCGGAGGAGCUCCAGAAGCCGGCAGAUGAAGAGGAGAAGUGGCUGUCGUGGGGCGUCGAAGAGGUGUUGAGGCUCGUGAAGGAAGCUAAUGCUGGAUUAAUUAAUCCACAGGAGGAUAUUACGAGCGAUAACCAGGUGACACUGGCAGAGCUUGAGCUGCCACCAUGGGUCGACAAGACGGAUGUUGGCGCGCCGCUCGAGAUGCUAGCAGCCUUCUACGCUCGGAUAGGAAAAGUCGAAUUUGCCAUGCCACUGUAUCUUCAAGCUAUAUCCAUCUUGAUUCCGCCGCCGCCACAAACAUCGUCGCCAGACGACCAGUGUAGAGGUGCACAAAUGAUGGGUAACCUGUCAGAGUUAAUCAUCCGAGGAAAACCCACUCCCGAAAAGCUGCAUCAGGCUGAGUCGUGGGCCAAGCAGGCUUUGGCUAUCCUGCAACGGACACGCCGGCAAUAUGAGCCCAUUCCCAUAUGCGAGUAUGCAUAUGCUGCAGCCCUGUUUAAUAUUGGCAUGUUACGUGAAAUGAACGGUGACAAAUCGAUGGCUCGGGAAUUCUAUCGACGAGGGUUGGAUCAUUCGAAGGUGAUAGGUAUGCCAGAAGGCGUCAACGCAGCUGAGACCGCGUUGCGUCGCGUAGGCGGUUUGACUGAUGCUGAUGCUGAACAGUCGUAAGGUACCUCCAUUUAAUAUAGUUUUUAAUAGGACCACCUUGAUUCACC